AUUACUCACAAAACGCAUCGUUACGAUAGAGACGAAGAAGAAGAACAUUUGCAAAUUCUUUCGUCAAAGUAGAUCCGGAUCCUAGUUCCAUCUUUAACGUCGCGACGGUUAUCUGAUUUCCGGGCUCUAAGGUGUUUUCUCUGAUUAGUAAUGGCGUCUAGGAGAAAUGUACGGUAUGCUCAGCUUCCAGGAGAUGAGGAUGAUGAGGAUUAUGCAAAUGGUAGUGGAAGGAGAGAUUUCGAUCCCCGCUUCGAUUAUACGCCGCAAGCAUUUGAUAGAGUACCAUGGAAAUCCAUAGCACUAGCUGUGUUUCUUCUGUUCCUUGGUUGCUUGCUUCUCCUUUUAGCGUUUUUCAUAUUCACUGGUCACAUGGAAGGAGAUAGCUCUCAAGGUUAUGCACUUCUUGUCCUUGGGAUCCUUACUUUCCUCCCUGGGUUCUACGAGACUCGGAUUGCUUACUAUUCAUGGAGAGGAGCUGAAGGGUACCGCUUCGCAGCUAUUCCCUCCUAUUGAAUCCAAGUAGCUGGAGAAGUAAUGAAUAUAUAUAUGUGCAUACAAGAGUCUUAUUAGAGAGGAAUUGUAAUCCAAAAGUAAUAGACUUGAGCUGUUUUCUCAUAUAUCACCCAGAUUCUUUUCCUACUGUCAUACUGUGUACAACAAUUUCCUCCAGUUGAGUUCUGACAGAUAAUACAAAGCUUUGGAUUGUAGA